CCACAGUCUGUGCUGGUGAGGGGGACAGAUGCUGCUGCAACUCAAGAUGGCAAAGCCCGGGGAGGGAGAGCAACAGCUAAUAUAGCUGCAGCGAGCAGGCGCCGGGAGACAGCGCCAUGAGCUGGGGACAGUUGUGAACAUUGCCUUGGAAUGCGUGUGUGUGAAGGGUCUUCUUUACAACCCUGAGGACAAAAAGAUCUGGAAAAAAAAAGCACUGCUAAAAAUAACCAGUGAUCCUAUCAAGAGUUGAGAUAUUACAUUGCUUUGUGCCAUUAUCAAGAACAGAUGCCCAAAAGAUUUAUUUAUUUUUUUAAAAGAAAUAUUAAGCCUUAACUCUUAAUUUUGGUGAUCUACAAACUUUUUCGACGGAUACUGAAAAUCGUUCCUCAAUCAUGAUGUUUCGGGAUCAAGUGGGAAUGCUUUCUGGAUGGUUUAAAGGGUGGAAUGAGUGCGAGCAGACUGUUGCUCUGCUAUCCCUUCUCAAAAGGGUAAGCAGGACUCAAGCCAGAUUCCUACAGAUCUGCUUGGAUCAUUCCCUACUUGAUUGCACAGACUUGCACAUACUUGAAGGCGAAGCUAACAACCCUGCAAUCAUUAACCAAUGGCAGCAAGAAUCCAAGGACAAAGUGAUAUCUCAGCUCUUAACCCACCUGCCUUUACUAAAGCCUGGAAACAUUGAUGCAAAAGUAGAGUACAUGAAGCUCUUGCCUAAAAUCCUGGCGCAUUCAAUUGAACACAACCAGCAUAUAGAAGAGAGCCGACAACUUUUGUCUUACGCAUUGAUACACCCAGCGACCUCAUUGGAUGAUAGAAGUGCACUGGCAAUGUGGCUGAAUCACCUGGAGGACCGCACAUCUGGUAAUUUUAGCACCCAGAGUCGGUGUCGAUCCGAUUCUUUGGAUUAUGGGCAAAUGCAUUAUUACCACCAAAGACAGAACUCUGAUGAUAAACUUAACGGCUGGCCGAACUCUCGAGAUUCGGGGAUCUGCAUUAGUUCCUCCAGCUGGCAGGAGAAAAACGCAGGCUGUGAGAACGGGCAUUUGCCUUUAUAUUCUUCCUCCUCUGUCCCCACAACCAUCAAUGCUAUUGGAACAAACACAAGCACAAUUCUCUCAGGCCAGACACACCACAGUCCUUUGAAAAGAUCAGUGUCCCUUACCCCACCUAUGAACGUGCCAAACCAGCCUCUUGGACACGGAUGGAUGUCUCAUGAGGAUUUACGAGCCAGAGGAUCCCAGGGCAUCCCAUCGGAUCAUGCACCCCUGUCUCCACAAAGCAGUGUGGCCUCUUCAGGAAGUGGUGGGAGUGAACAUUUAGAAGAUCAGUCUUCUGCACGCAAUACAUUCCAAGACGAAGGCAGUGGUAUGAAAGAUGUUCCUGCCUGGCUUAAAAGUCUUCGUCUGCACAAGUAUGCAGCCCUGUUCUCCCAGAUGACAUAUGAAGAGAUGAUGUCACUGAACGAAUGCCAGCUAGAGGCACAAAAUGUCACAAAAGGUGCAAGACACAAAAUAGUCAUCAGUAUUCAAAAGUUAAAAGAGAGACAUAAUCUUCUGAAGUCACUAGAAAGGGACAUCUUGGAAGGAGGAAAUCUGCGGGUCCCAUUACAAGAGUUGCACCAAAUGAUCCUCACCCCAAUUAAAGCUUACUUGUCACAAAACUGCAGUGCAGAAGAGCAUAACCGGGAGCUAGACUCUUCGGCCUCCUUAAUGAGCAGUGAGGGUCAAGGAUCAGAGAAUAAGGACUCUGCAUCUGGAGGACUGCACCAGCACCAUUUGGGCAACUGUGAGAAUGAGACCACAGGUGCUCCGUUACCUGAAGGAGAUCUUCCAGGACAGUUUACAAGAGUUAUGGGUAAAGUCUGUACGCAGCUGUUGGUUUCCAGACCUGAUGAAGAAAAUAUUAGUUCUUACCUGCAGUUGAUAGACAAAUGCCUUAUACACGAGGCAUUUACAGAAACCCAGAAGAAAAGAUUGUUGUCAUGGAAACAGCAAGUGCAGAAGCUGUUCAGGUCUUUCCCUCGGAAAUCCCUCUUGGAUGUCGCUGGAUACCGGCAACAGAGAAAGACUAGUGUUGAUGUGUUCAUUGGUAGCCGAGGCUUUGGACAGUCCAACUCUUUGCCUACAGCUGGGUCUGUAGGUGCAGGAAUAGCCAGAAGAAACCCCCGCCAGUUCCAGAUACCCUCAAGAAACCUCCCUAGCUCCAGACUUGGGCUUCUAGGUCCCAGCAGCCUCCUGGGUGCAACACAGCGAACUACAGCCAGUAAUCCUGCAAUGCUAAAGCAAGGACGGCAGAAUCUUUGGUUUGCAAACCCUGGAGGAAGUAAUAGCAUGCCAAGCCGUACCCACAGCUCUGUACAAAGAACGCGUUCCUUGCCAGUGCACACCUCUCCGCAGACCAUGCUUAUGUUCCAACAGCCAGAUUUCCAGCUACCAGUGACCGAGCCAGAUAUAAAUAACAGGCUGGAAUCCUUGUGUCUUAGUAUGACGGAACAUGCACUGGGCGAUGGGGUUGACAGAACGUCUACAAUCUAGAGGUUGAAGGUACUUUGUGACAGCGCUGGACGUGACACAGAGAACUGCAGGUCCAGUGUCCGAAGUCAGAAACCCUCCCCGGAUAUGCCAAACACAAAUUUGCCUUUUCAUGACUUUAUUUUGAAAGGUGAAGAAAAACAAUUGUGAAAGCAUAAGCUGUGCUUGCAAAUGGAUCACAAAGUGGUUACUUUUUAUUUUACUAAAAAAGGAAAACAAAAAAAAGCUUUUUGUUAGCAACAGUUUCCUGAAUGAAAAGCUAAAUGUUUUGAGCAGGAAUCUUUUAAUACAAAAAGUCACAUUAUAUGAACGAUAUUGUGGCCAGUGGCCAGAGGCCAGAUACACUUCUGACCCUAUCUAGUUGGUACAGCACAGGUGACCAAAAGCAUUAUUUUUUUUUAUUAUUUUUUUUAAACUGGGUAGUUAAAGUGACAUGUGUUGCUUGUUUCAUUCUAAAUUAGGGUACCCUGUGCCAUGUUAGGUUUGGAAUAUGGACUUUAUUUUUGCCAUAAUAAAUAUCCUUUAUCUAGAGAUAUAUAUUAAACAUAUAUAUAUAUAUAUAUAUAUAUAUAUAUUUAUAUAUAUAUAUAUACCUAUAUUAUAUAUAUAUAUAUAUAUAUAUAUAU